AUGAGCUACAGUCUACGACUGGAGAUGAUUUUAGUUCGAGUUUCGAGGUCGAUUACGAUACUGGAGCAGAUAAACCAGCAGGAGAACAAAGCACUGUCUUCAUCAAGCUUAAACAACGGCGAACUUCGUUCGGAAUGCAACCCAGAAUCGGAUCCAGAAAACUGUCGUUCAACUAGUCCACGAAUUUCGUAUCUUGUUCUGAAUGUUAUUGCAAAGGAGAAAGUCCCAGAGGACUUCCGCAACGGAUGCUCUGAAAAUCAGCCGUGUAAGGGAAUGCCUGCUUGUGCCUUCAGAGAAAAUUAUUAUAUGCAAGAACAGUCCUAUGACAUCAUUGUUAUUGUUCAGGAUAUAAAUAACAACCCGCCGCGAUUUUUCAAUGGACAAACCAAGAAAUUUCAAGCCGGAACUGGUCAACUGAAAUGUUCUAGCUGCAGUGAGUACGGAAAAAUCGAGGAAGAAUAUGCUGUCGGUACUGUUUUUACUGCGUACUCCUCCGGAAAUGAUCCGCAAAAAAUAAUCGUCACUGAUAUCGAUGAAGAAGAAAAUAAUCGAAAAUUUACCCUUUUCAUCGACAGAUUUAAAUGUUCCAAGAAUGGUGAAUCCGUCAAUUGUGCUGGGAUUUUCUCGAUGAAUGGUGAUUCAAUUUACAGCGCUGAGCUGAAUUCAAUUGAAAUAAUUGCUAAGAAUACAGUUAAAUUUAGUGAAAUUGAUACAGUCAGACUUGACAUCGACGCCUGUGACAUAGGGCCAAUGAUGGAUGGAGCUCCGCAAUGCUCUACCCUUAUUGUUAAUUUGGAGAUUACAGAAAAGACAAAGGCGAUAGAUAAUUUUGGUAAUCUCGAUAAAAAUCACGAAGACAGUUACGAAAAAAGUUCUUUGAAAUCUCUUAAGAAUAAUGAAAAACUUGGAAAUCGGAAUUGUGGCCUUCCAACGGAUAAUUGUGCGUCAUUUUUUCAAGCGUCUAAUGGAAAUACCAGGCAAUACUCACAAAUUGGUCAGAAAAAUCCAAAAAUUGAUUACAUUUAUCAACAUACAGAAAAGACAAAUUUUGAUGGAUAUACAUCGUUUGGCUUUAAUUUACCCGCUGGAAUAUGUUUUCCAGAGAUUUGCGACGAAACAAAUGACGAAAGGCAAGAACAUUGCCUUUCGAUAGAAAUAUGGACGCCGAACGGUGGUGAGAUCAACACUGCUCAGGGCUGGAGUCUCGAUCAAUCCCUAACAUCUCUAUUCGAGCCAACUUUGGUUGAGAAUAUUGACAUCAGCCAGGUGGUGACCAAGCGAAUAUAUUUCAAUCUCAAAAAUGAAAUUAACGAUGAUACUUCCCAGUCAGGAGCUCUCAUAAAGCCAAUCGAACCUACAAAAGUCAAGAUUAGGGCUGCUUAUCAUUGCCUAAAUCAAGCACCACAAGUUGAUUCUCUUCAAGCCGGAAUUGGAAAUGCUCAAGAUUUUGCGAUCUAUCCAUCAAAUCUUGACCCACCGUCCUUUGAUGAUGUCAGCGAAUUCCAAGUCACUGAAUGUCCAGUGAUAAAUGGAAAAUUGGAUCACCUUUCUAGUUGCUCAGACCCAGACGUCACGGAAUAUUGUAAUUUUUCUACGGCCAAGACGCUUAAUGGACAAAUAACUAUCAAAGAAUUCCGAAAUCUGUUCCCUAACAACCCUGAAGAAUGCCAACCUGAUCAUUGCACAAGACCAACAGAUAUUGCGUUUUCGGAUUCAAGUGAUGAUUCUUAUGUCCUAACAACAAGUCCGUGUGAUGACUCAUCAGACAUUUUCUGCAAGAAAGCAUCUGCUUCACAAACCGAGCCAGCUGAUUACGAAAGCAAACCAUUUUAUAACUACCAGCUUUUUGCAGAAAAUGAAGGUCCUUGGCGAAGUUCGAAUGGAACUAGAAAAAAUUAUGCAUCAAACGCUCGGUUUAUGGUUGAAGUUCUCGACGCUCCAGAUCAAGCGCCGCGAUUCAAUGUUCCACCAGCGAUGGUUUAUUUCAAAGAGGGAAAAUACCGCACUGAAGAAAGCCUAAAUUACAUUACAGAAGAUCGAGAUAGCUCAGAAAAGCUAUUGAUUUCUGCAUCCGAUCCUGACCUUGAUUUAAAGUGGGAAGUACGAAUUGAGCUCAGUGAACUAAAAACGACUGCUGGAGAUGAUUUUAGCACAAGUUUUGAGAUCGACUACGGCACUGCAGCAGAUGAUCAACCGGCCGGUCCUGAAAGUGCUGUCUUCAUAAAAUUGAAAAACAAUGGUGAAUUCAAUGCAGAAUGCGACCCAGAAGCAGAUCCUGGUAAUUGCCGAUCAAAUUCUACUCGAGUUUCAAACCUCAUUCUCAAUGUCAUUGCAAAAGAGAAAGUGCCAGCUGACUUCCGAAACGGAUGUUCCCAAAAUGAACCUUGCAAAGGCAUGCCAUCAUGUGCAUUCAACGAAGAUUAUUACAUGCAAGAGCAGUCUUUCGACAUUACUGUUUUCAUCCAGGACAUCAACAACAAUCCCCCUCGAUUUUUCAACGGACAAACGAGAAAGUUUGAAGCCGGACCUGGUCAGUUAAAAUGCUCUUACUGCAGCGAGUUUGGAAAGCUUGAGGAAAAAAAUGCCGUCGGUACUGUUCUUACUGCGUAUUCCAAUGGAAACGAUCCUCAUAGAAUCAUCAUCACUGACAUCGAUGAAAGAGAUGAUAAUCGAAAGUUCAAACUUUCAAUCGACAAAACUAGCUGUUCAAAAAGCGACAAUUCUGUCAGUUGCGCUAACAAGUUUUCAGUAGAUACCGAAACUGUUUUCAAUGCCCAACUUGAUCCGUUGGAAGUAACUGUUGAAGAAGCACUUGCAUUCAGCGAAAUUGAUACAGUCAUGCUUGAUAUCAAAGCAUGCGACGAAGGAACGAUGAUUGAUGGCGCUUCGAAAUGCUCUAUUUUCACCGUCAACUUGGAAAUUACAGAGAAAAACAAAGCACCAAGUGUUCUCGAUGGUGAUGGAGCAAUGUUCGAAUAUGAUUCUUCCGGAGAUUAUUUCGUAAAGACAAUUGAAAAUGAAAAGCCCGGAUCUCAAAAUCUUCAGCUGACAUUUACAAAUCAAAAUAGUGUUCAGUUCAGGCAUGUUUUCUUCUGCGACAUCAAAAAUUCUGACAACGCUGUUGGCAUUUUCGAAGUCGUCAAUGGCGAUAAAAAGGGAACAAGUUGGGAAGAUUUUGGAACUGAUUACCUAAAAGAAGAGGGCAGUUUAUCCCUGCAAAUCAGAUUGCGUGAGGGGGAACAGUUGAAUCGACAGGAAGCCAAGUCAUACAUUUAUACAGUUCGCGCUUGUUCUCUUGAUGGUGACGCAGAUAGAAAUACAGUCGAACAAUGUUGCGUUCCAGCGGGUUCAGAUACACGAGUAAGCUCAAGAUUGAGCAUUGUCAUUUUUGACUCGAACAUCAAUGCACCUCUCUUUCAAAUCUACAAUGGCCUGGAAGGUAGCCCUGCGUACACGCUUCCUGCCGGAUCGUGGAAUGUUAAGGAUGGAUCAAAUGGGCAAUCUCCCAAAGUCUUCGAUUUGUCGCAAAUUCAAGACGACGAUGAUGACUAUUUGAACACCAGAACUUGUUUCCGUAUCAAAACUUCCAAUUCUAGCCUUCUCGAUGCUGCAGAAUUCUUUCAGAUUGACGCCAUUUCCAUUACAAAGAAAACUUUCAAGUCUCAAAUUAAGAUGAAAAGUACUGCCAAAUUUAUUGAUGCCGAUGGUGUCUCCAAGAUCAAGAACAACCAAGAAAUGAUGGAUGGUCAAUUUCAUUUCAACUUCGAAUUCACCGUCCAAGCUUGUAACAUCGACUGCUCAAAUGGAAACUGCGAGGAUAGUGACAAGACAAAUGCAUUCCAAUGCCCAGCUGACCUCGAUGAAGCGACUGCAAUUUGCUCCGAUACAGAACAAUCCAAUGACAAUUCUUUGAUUUCCGAUCCUACUGGAAACACGAUGAUCCGAUUUGCCAUUCAAGAUGAAAAUGAGCACUCUCCGGAAAUCUUCAUUCCGAAAGAUAAUGAAGGAGAUCCGAUGAUAAUGGAGAUUUAUGAAAAAAUUGAGGAUACUAUUCAGCCAAUCGACAUCAGAACCCUUGAUAAAGAUCGAUGCUAUUUCAACUAUGGUCGGAUUCGAUUUUCAACGCCUCAAGAGUCUCCUUUUUCUGUUGAAGGUGGCGAUGUGUUCAAUCCCGAUGAAGACAAGGAUGAUCAUCUCGACAAGGAAGUCUUUUACGAUCUGGUAAUUCGAGCUACAGAUGGAGGCCAACCUGGAGGCCAAUCUGAGGAGAUCGUGAAAGUUCUUGUCAAGGACAUCAACGACCACGGUCCAACUUUCGCUGAUCUUGACGAAAAAGAUAGACAACUAACGAUCAAAGAAGGAACUGGUUUCGACGCGCAAUCAUUUUGCGGCGCUAUUGAUAAAGAUUCAAGAAAAUGGUCAGCUGAUGUCAACAAAUAUACCGUCCAGAACGUCAAGGGUUUCUACGAAGAUGUCCAAAAAUGCGGUCCCGGGCUUGCUGAAGAAGUUUCUUGUGAUAAUAUCUUCUCCGUCACUGAUAAAGCCGAUAAACCACCAACUGGAUGCUCUGACUGGGUCGCCGGUAGAAUUGAAAUGGGAAUAACCGCGGAAUACAUCCCUGGUACAAAUGAAAAGGGCUUGAACCGCGAAGAAUAUGAUAAAUUCACACUUGAAAUCGAUGUUUAUGAUGAUGAGUGCAACUUGUUAGAUGACUUCAGCAAAUGUACCGUUGAAUUUUGCCAUGAUCAGUGUGAUGGAGUUCUUGAUGAGAAUCAAAGGAACCUUCAGUCAACGCUUCUGCUGACAGUUAAUGUCGAAGAUGUCAACGACAAUGGCCCUCUCAUCGCUCCAUUUAAAACUGCUCAUUAUGUUCUCGCAGGAACAACUGAAGCAGGCAAAGAUAUCACCCCACAAAUCGAGGUCUCCGACGCAGAUGGUGAUGAAACUAAUCGAAGAAGCAGAAUCAAGAAAAUUUCCGAAACCUACAUCUGCGGUUCCAGCGCUUCUCAAUGUCAAAACAACAAGGACUUUUUCCAAGUUACAGCUGAUCCAGAAGACCCGAUGAAAUUCAACCUCAAGACCUUGAAGCAAAUCCCGGAUAUCAAGAGCAACAAUUUCUUUGCUGUAGCAACAAUCACAGUCGAGGUGGCAAACGAAGCUCCUCUUUAUGAAAAUUACGAUUGCGCAUAUGUCGAAAAAUAUCCCGAUUUUUUCAAAUCGAAGUGCAAAGUUGAAAACGGACAGUCUGUCAUUUACAACUCUCUUCCGAUCGUCGUGACUGUUCUUGAUGAGGAGCAUGUUGGACUUGUGACGUCAACAAAAGAAGAUGACUGGGAUAAUGAAGCGCUCACAAAUAAAUUCAAAGGAGAAAUGAACGAUCUUUUCGAGAGCAUUCUUCCCAGGAAAAAUGCAUGUGAUUGCUACUAUGACUACAGUACUGAGCUUUACAAAGUCGAGACCCAAAAUCGCCCUGAUCCACUUGCUCCUGAAGAUGAUCCAAAAGUCGAAUACUACACAGAAAUCAAUUUUUACGUCGUUAAAUCAUCAAAUCAGAGCAAAUCUUGCAGUGUUCCAAUUUCAAGCUGCAACUUCACUGAUUCCCUGCGUGCAGGGGAAGAAAACAGAGACCUUCUCACUUCAUUCGAUAUUGCAUUUGUUCUUAAUGAUGUUGAAGCUCAUAAUACUCUCAAAGCAGAGCCCUACAACAUCAGGGUGAGCUGCAAUAUGCAAAAACUCGAAGAAUGCGAAGAAGUCAUCGAAGAGGACAAAUGGGGCGAUAAAGAAUGGCUUAUCCUUGUGAUUGCCAUUGGAGGAGGUCUUUCUGUUCUUUGCGCUGGAAUUAUUGUCUGCAUGUGCUGCAUGCGAAAACGAUAUGCGCGAAAAUUGCAAUCAGAAAGAGCGAUGAAAUACGACAUGGAUGAUAUGUCCAGCAAAGGUGCUUACAAUGAGUCACAAGCUUACCAGGCAUCGGGCGAGCAGCACAAGAAUCAGCUGGUUGGACAAGAAGGAAUGAUCAAUAUUGCUCUGGAAUACGAUGAUGAAGAUCAACAAUCAUCAUUCGGCAGUAGCGAUGGCCGAGCAUCAUUCAAUAGCGAUUUCGACAUUGAAGAACAUUUGAAUGAGCCGAAGGAGAUCUAUGUUGAUUCUGACGCCGAGGAUGCUAAAGGACCAAAUUUGAACGCUCUGAUCGCUGGACAGUCAAGCGCGAUGUCUGCCAAUCCGCUUGCGGGACAAGAUCUUGAUAAUGUUUCUUACGAAAACUUUUAA